UAUAUAAGCAGAGCCUUUAUACCAAGACGUCUUACUGUUAGUUUGCUAGAUGUGUUAGUUACUUGUCUUGGAGGGAAGAUAGUCAGGCUCCUCAAGACAGUAUGAGGUUACUUACGUUACUCCUAGUCAUUAAGGUGGCUGCGGGACAGCUAUCGCUCGGGAAUGACGUGGAGUUGGUGCCUGCAAUGGCCAACAUGGCCCAGAUCACGAGCCUGGAUGUUCAGUGCGAGAAAUCCGGCAUGACAGUGAACGUUGAAUUUUCACAGCCCUUCGACGGUGUCAUCUUCAGCAAAGGACACUUCUCUAAUCCGGCUUGCCGAUACGUAGAGGCUGAUACCGGUCAGCGUUCUUACAAAUUUGUUGUUCCAAUGGACGGAUGUGGUACCUCAGCGGCGGAGCAGGCUGAAACUACUGUUUCUAACACAGUCAUCUUCCAGAUGGACCCUUCAGUGCAGGAAGUCUGGGAUACAGCCAAAAGGAUUUCCUGCGUCUGGAAAGGUAGUUACAAGAAAGCUGUAAACUUCCAGCCACUACAGGUUUCUAUGCUGGAUGUCGUGCAGACCCGGUUCGAAGGAAAUGAUGUCAAGUGCUGGAUGGACAUCCAGAGAGGAACUUAUCCUAAUACUAAACCAAUGGAUGGCAUCUUGCGUAUAGGAGAACCCUUGACUGUUAUGGUGUACCUGAAAGAGGAGGGACAAAAGCUAGACAUAGCAGUGAGAGAUUGCUGGGCUUAUGGGGAGCCAGAGUUUCAGGAUCCAGACACCCCUAAUCUUCAACUGACUGCUGAUGAUGGAUGUCCGACAAGGAUGAAACUGAUGCACUUUUGGGCAAGAACCUAUGAUACGUUUGACACCGGUGCAUCCCUCAUUGCAUAUACUAACAUGUCUGCUUUCAAGUUUCCUGAUCGUAUGCAAGUUUUCUUAACAUGUAAUGUUCAGAUUUGCACAGACAGAUGCGAAAAUCGAUGCCUUAGCGAACCCAGUGAACCAGUUACAUUUACAACAGACUACAAUAUUAUUAAAGUGACAACCCCACUAUCCAUUACCAAGCCCCCACCACCUCCACCUUUAUGCAGAGCAGGUUCUAAAGACCCUAGAUGUCAAACACAACCAACAUGUUACCCUGGGUCACCUGAUCCACUUUGCAAACCAAAGCCAACAUGUUUUCCAGGGUCAACAGAUCCAGCUUGUCUGAUUCCAACAAAACGACCAUCAAUCAAAUUUACUCCUCCUCCAACAUUCUCCUGCAUACCAGGAUCUACAGAUCCACGUUGCGUAAUAAAAACUACAAGGAAACCAACAACUCCAUUCAUUUGCCAUGAAGGUUCAACAGAUCCUCGCUGCAUAAAACUUACAACUCCUCAGCCAACAACUCAAUUCAAAUGUCUACCAGGAGUUAGAGAUCCCCGGUGUCGUUUGACAACUACGCCUAGGCCAACAACUCCAACGCCUGCUUUUACACCAUUUUUCUGCAUUCCAGGAUCAAAAGAUCCCAGAUGUCUUCCAACCACAACAGAACAAAAACCUACUACAGAUAUUAUUUGUAAACCAGGAUCAUAUGAUUCACAAUGCAUCAAGCCAUCAACUUCAAAGCCACUUUUAUGUCUUCCUGGAUCAAAAGACCCAAGCUGUCUACCAUCCCCAACACCGUUCAGAUGUUUCCCUGGUUCAACAGAUCCCAGAUGCCCUCAGCCUACUACCCCCCAACUUACAACUGUACCAACAACAACAUUCUCAUGUUUCCCUGGAUCAACAGAUCCUAGGUGCCCGACUACUAUUACCAUACCAACAAUUGCACCAUUCAGGUGUUUCCCUGGAUCAAGAGACCCCAGAUGCCUUCAGCCCACUACAUCUCGUCCUACUACAGCAUUCACAUGCUUCCCUGGCUCAACAGAUCCUAGGUGUCCUCAGCCCACUACAUCUCGUCCUACAACGCCAUUCCGAUGCUUCCCUGGCUCAACAGAUCCUAGGUGCCCUCAGCCCACUACAUCUCGUCCUACAACACCAUUUACAUGCUUCCCUGGCUCAACAGAUCCUAGGUGUCCUCAGCCCACUACAUCUCGUCCAACAACACCAUUUUCAUGCUACCCUGGCUCAACAGAUCCUAGGUGUCCUCAGCCUACUACAUCUCGUCCUACAACGCCGUUCAGAUGCUUCCCUGGCUCAACUGAUUCUAGGUGUCCUCAGACCACUACACCUCGUCCCACUACUAGACCAACCACGCCAUUCCAAUGCUUCCCCGGUUCAAAAGAUCCUAGGUGCCCACAGCCCACAACAUCUCGUCCAACAACACCAUUUUCCUGCUACCCUGGUUCAACAGAUCCUAGGUGUCCAAAGCCCACUACACCGUUCACAUGCUACCCUGGCUCAACAGAUCCUAGGUGUCCUAAGCCCACAACAUCUCGUCCUACUACGCCAUUCAGAUGCUUCCCUGGCUCAACUGAUUCUAGGUGUCCUCAGACCUCUACACCUCGUCCAACUACUAGACCAACCACACCAUUCAGAUGCUUCCCAGGUUCUACAGAUCCCAGGUGCCCUCAGCCUACUACCAUACUAACCACACCAUUCAGUUGCUUCCCUGGAUCAACAGAUCCUAGGUGUCCACAACCUACCACUCCUCAAUCAACAACACCAUUCAGAUGUGUAGCAGGAUCAAGAGAUCCAAGAUGUCUUCAGAUUACAACUCCAAGUUCUCCUCUCCCACCUACAACACUUCCUAGAUGUUUACCAGGUUCUAGAGAUCCUCGUUGUCCGCAGACAGUCACUCCAUUUGUUUGCACUCCAGGGUCCAAAGAUCCUAGGUGUAUUCAACCUACUACCCGUCCUACUACAACUACCACAACUCGACCAACUCCUAGACCAACGCCAAGACCUACCACCCAAAUUAGUGAUGGUACUGGAGAACAACCAGUCUCAACUAAGAUGCCCGGAAAGGACCAAGAUUUCCAUGGUGACAAGGACCCAAAAUACCAUGCUUUCCAUUCUUGGUUAUACCUGCCUCCUCCUCGCCCUAGGAGUCACGUGGGCCGACGUUCCGUGGCCAGCCCAGAAACCCUGAUGGUGAACGUUGGCGUCCAACAACUUGUCAGUGGGCCAGAGUCCACGACAGGGAAAAUUACCGUGGACCUAGACGGAGAUAAUCUUUUCUUGGAAAUUGCCGAGUCAACCAGAGUCAUCUUGCCAAUGAGGGAAGCACUGCCUGUGGUAGAGGAUGUAGCGCUUGAUUACGGCGAGGAGAUAGAAAACCACAGAGUGAGGAGAAACAGCGGAAUGAAGGAAUUCGCUGCACCAAAGAGCGCACCAUCCCCGGUAUCUUGGACUCCUUUGUCAGUGGCCCCUGCUCUUCUGCUAGCUAUUUUGGCUGUGGCUACGGUUGCAGGGUUGGCCGUAGCCUUUCGAAAGCUUGCCGAUCGCAGGCCGAAGGAGAGGCCAGCCACUGUUUACUGCGCAUAAACGUGGAAAAAUAACAGGGGAAAAGUAUAUAUAUUUUUUCUAUGGACUGAACGUUGAAACAAUGCAUCAUGAUAUGCGUUUUCAUUUGUGUUUAAUCUAAUUUUAAAAUUACAAUUUUGAUUUAUUGAUAAGUAUAAGUAAAAAAAAAUCAUAGAUAUUAAUGAGUAUUCGGUGUCUGUGAGCGGGCUCAUUGACAUUUAAUGUCUCACAUGAAUAUGUUGAAUUUUCAGUGUUUAUAUUUGUUAUUUUCUUGACCAACAAACGAUCAUUUAUUUCCUGAUCGUUCCUGCACGGUAAACAAAAACACUAAGUGGUAUUUCGAUUUUAACUGAAAACGAAAAAUGUAAUCCAAGAAUUUUUUUAUUCGGUAAAAUAAAGAUUUUUUUAAUAUAACUAAUUUCCUUUCGUUUGUCAGCUGGCUGAACAGGUGGAAGGAAUAUCUUUUUUUUACGUAACAGUAUUUCAUGAUAUAUAUAAUAUAAU